AUGCUAGUUAAGCGCAACUCAAAGGGACAAACCCCCAUCUCGAAAAUUAAACGUAAUAAUAGAGCUUACACUAAUAAGGCUGAGAUUGCCGAUCACUUUAAUAAGCAUUUUGUCAAUGUGGGUCAAAACCUGGCCAAAAGAAUUGAAAAUUGUGAUGGAAGUCCGACCCAAUUCAUAAGAUCGACUCCAGUAGCUAGCUUCGUUAUGUCCUGUGUUACUGAAACCCAAGUAUGUUCACUAUUUAAAGGUUUAAAUGAUCAUAAGUCAUCCUCAGAUAUUCCUAAUAAAUUAAUUAAAAUAGCUGCCCAGCCAUUGUCAAUACCUUUAACAUUUAUCUAUACCCAGUCUAUUGAAACUGGAAUUGUUCCUGAUAUUUUAAAAGUCUCACAAAUUUCCCCAGUGUAUAAGGGUGGUGAUGCUACGGACCCUAGCAACUAUCGGCCCAUAGCUACUCUUUCACCUUUUAGUAAAGUGCUCGAGCGUCUAGUCUAUAAUCAGUUAUAUUCGUUCAUAGAUAAACAUCAAAUCUUGUACAAAUAUCAGUUUGGAUUUGGGAAAGGAUAUUCCACUGAACAAGCUAUUCUUGAAAUUACUGACAAUCUGAAGCUAGCUACUGACGAAGGUCAAAUAACAUGUGGUUUAUUUCUCGAACUAUCAAAGGCAUUUGACACAGUAAAUCAUAAAAUACUGCUCUCUAAACUAUAUCUGUAUGGAAUUCGGGGUGCACCACAUAACUGGUUUGAACGUCAUUUGCACAAUCGAAGACAAUAUGUUAAAAACUGACUCUACUAAAUCUAGCUAUGAAAAUAUUACCUGCGGUAUACCACAAGGCUCGACUCUACGUCCUCUUUUAUUUUUGCUCUAUGUGAACGACUUACCAAACUGUGUCGACAAACUUUCGGUGCGGAGCUUUGCUGGUGACACCAAUUUAUUUUAUUCUAGUGACAACUUAAAACAGCUUGAAUCCGUAAUGAAUCAAGAGCUUAAACAACUUUAUAACUACUGUGCUCUAAAUAAGUUAUCUAUUAACACUGCAAAGACUAAUUACAUGUUAGUCUCAUCAUCUAGGUGCCACCCAACGAUAAAUAUCACUGGUAUUGAACAGAAAGAUUACAUAAAGUACUUGGGAGUUUAUAUAGAUAAACAUCUCAACUGGCAACCACAGAUACAACAUGUAAAUAAUAAAUUAGCUAAAAAUUUAGGAAUCCUUUCAAAACUAAGAUAUGACAUAGAUCUGAAUAUACUGAAACAAAUUUAUUAUGCUUUAAUAUAUCCCUAUUUGAGUUACGGUAUUCUUGCUUGGGGCUGUGCCAGCAAAACCAGAUUAGAUUGUCUUCGUAUUAA